CGUACUUGUCAUUUUGACAGAUGACGGAUGUCAGUUUGGGAAAGUGGGUAGUGGUGUUUUGUGAAAAUCGUGGAAAGCGCUAGAAAUGGUGGAUAAAUUAGUGAACAGUGAAGCCAACACUAGGCGAAUAGCCACCGUAGAAAGCUGUUUCGGGAACUCCGGACAGCCCCUGGAGGUCCCAGGACGUGUCCUAGUUGGCGAAGGUGUCCUAGUUAAAAUGUGCCGAAAGAAACCAAAAACCAGACAGUUUUUUCUAUUCAACGACAUCUUAGUAUAUGGUAACAUUAUCAUAAAUAAGAAGAAAUACAACAAACAACAUAUCAUUCCACUAGAAGAAGUCAAAUUGGAAAAUCUCGAAGAUGACAAUCAAUUUCGGAACGGCUGGCUGAUCCGGACCGCGUCCAAAUCGUUCGCUGUCUACGCCGCCACAGCGGUAGAAAAACAAGAGUGGAUGGCGCACAUAAACAAAUGCAUUGAAGAUCUUUUGCGAAAAAGUGGGAAAAAAGCAGUAGAAGAACACGCAGCUGUUUGGGUACCCGACGGCGAAGCCCCCGUUUGUAUGCAUUGCAAAAAGACACAAUUUACUCUAAUAAACCGGAGGCACCACUGUCGCAAAUGCGGGGCUGUAGUAUGUGGCCCCUGUUCUAACAAAAGAUUUCUUUUGCCCAAUCAGAGCUCCAAACCUUUACGAGUGUGUCUGCACUGCUACGACGUGCUCACGUCGGCCGCUAAAAAUCACAAUUUAGCCACAGAUAAUCUACACAAAGAUCGAAAUAAUGCUGAUUCAUCAGGAGAGGAAGACUCGGAUGACGACGAAGAGACCAACAGGGGUCAACCGGACUCCCACGAUUUGCCUAAAUUUUACGGCGACAGCGAAAGAACCGAUGAUCUACACUGAAAAAUGCACUUCCAGUCGGUAUAACCUCACAGAAAUAACAAUAGUGUAAAAAUAUAUUUUUAAUAUGAACUCAUGGUAAUUGUGUAUUCGGUAGAAUAUAUGUAGAUAUUGAGAAUUGUACGGUCAAUUUAAUGAUUAUUUAUAUGUAUUUUAAUGCAAAACUUCUGAUAAUAACCACGUAUUUGCUCAAAUAUUCCAUCUAAAUUGUCAUUUUAUACUCUUGAUAUUUACAUAAUAUUGGUCCGGAAUUAUUUUUAUUAUAAACAUUUAAGUUAUAACUAGUUUUUUAAUGGUGGAUAAGGACUUGUCCAAAAAAAUUAUCGAAGCAUGUACAUUUUAGCAACUGUGAUAUAGUUGGCCUAUUUAACGAAAGUACUAAGGGGAAGAGGGUGCGAAAAAAUCCUUUUUUUUUUGUAAACAUGUACAUUAUUGGACUGUCAACAAUUAUUACGUCCAGUAGUGUACCUUCAGAUUAAAUUAUCAUCACAGUACACAAUUGUUGAAGUAAUUAUACGCAAUUAAACCCUUUAUAUUAUUUAAAA